AUGCUCGCCCAGCUUCCCUCCAACAUGAUCCUCACAAGAGUUCGCCCGAGCAUAUAUCUGCCAUCAUGCGUCAUUGUAUGGUCUUGUGUUUCGGCUGCCACAGCUGGAGUGACCAGCUUUUCCGGUCUGGUCGCGGUACGAUUUGUUCUUGGUGUUGUCGAAGCACCAUUCUUUCCAGGCGCUUUCUUUAUGCUUUCUUCUUGGUAUACUCGCAAGGAGCUCGCCCUUCGAACUGCAGUCCUCUAUUCAGGUCUUGUUAUAGCGACGGCCUUCUCCGGCCUUAUCGCAGCAGCCAUUUUCGCAGGUCUAUCCGAUACCGCCGGUCUACAUGGCUGGCAGUGGCUAUUCAUAUUGGAGGGUGCUGGCAGUGUUGUUGCCGCUAUUUUGGCCUUUAUUCUGCUUCCAGACUUUCCUGAUGCUACAACUGGGAGCCAGAAAUGGCUUUUAACUGAUCAAGAGCGUCAAGUAGCUGUCCAAAGAAUUGCCCUUGAUCGUGUGUCUUUGCCUGAAGCUGACCGAUCCAUCUGGUAUGGUCUUGGUCUUGCUAUCAAGGAUGUCCGAACCUGGAUUUUUGUUAUCAUCUUGUGUGCCAAUCACACGGCCUAUGGGUUCAACAACUUCUUCCCCACUAUCGUCCGCUCCAUGAAUCUCGGCAAUCGUACCAUCACACUGGUCCUCACAGCUCCCCCAUAUCUAUUCGGUGCCGCUAUUUCCUUCUUGGUGGCUUAUUCAAGUGAUCGUUUCAACGAGCGCGGAUACCAUAUCAGCGUUCCAAUGGCCUUCGCCAUUAUUGGCUUCAUCGUUUCAGCGGCGACCCUCAAUAAUGCUGCGAGAUAUGCGGCAUCGUUCUUCUACUGCGCCGGCGCUUUUGCUGCCAAUGCAGCAGUUUAUUCGUGGGCAGCUUCUUCGCUAAAUCAAACGCCUGAAAAAAGAGCUUGUGCGACAGCUAUUGUGAAUUUGCUGUCGCAACUUGGCAAUAUCUGGAGCCCUUAUUUUUUCCCUGCAUCACACGGACCGCGCUACGUAAUGGCUAUGCUGCUUAUGAUGGCCUUCUCUACACUUAGUAUUGUUGCAUCACUAUUGAUGAAGGCCCUGCUUAAGAAGGAUAAUAAAAGGUUGCUUAUUGAAGCAGAGCAGUCGGGUAGAACUGUUAAGCUUUAUACUACUUAG